CGUAAGAGCAACGAUGCUAGUUGUGUUCGUUUAUGAAGCAGCGCUGGCUGUGCUAACUAAGCUAGCUAAGCUAACGACAAUUUACUUACAGAGUUUAUGUCCAUGUGGGUUAUUUGAUAUAUUUUUGUUGUCUUUUUCAGUAAUGGCAUUCUGGUACAGAAUAUGAUAGGUUUGUUCCCGCAAUUAAUACGUGUAUUUUGUUAUUUAUUGCCUAAUGCACUCACUUGAAGGUGAGAGGCCUUAUGCUAACAUCUCAUGUAAACAAAGGAGUCGCAUUUUGUUGGACGUGAACACAAAACAACAUACUUUGUUGAAAAUACAAGGAUUUUCGGUAACUUUGUGCGUUAAAUACUUUCACUUGAGAUGGAACUUUAUCACCAAAAUAUUAUAGUACACUGUAUGGCCCUGUAUAAUAAACUGGGCCAUAACAAGUUGUUACAGAUGUAAACUCUGGUGUGAUUCAUUAGAAGCUCCAAAACUACAUAUUAAUAUUAAUAUCUUCAAAUAAUACCUUAAUUUUCAAAGUUUACCUCACAAACACUAAGAACAACACACCUACCUUUUUAAAAAUGUAUUUGCAUAAAUAUUGAAAAGUGGGCAGGUCUUAAGUCUCUAAAGUUUCUUGAGGUGAAUGAAGAGAUGCAGGCCAGUGACCCUGUGGUUGGAGCACCAAUGGGAGUCGCUGGCGUUCAGAGUCGAUCUGAAGAUGAAGAGUCUCUCGGCGUAAAAGAUGUGAAAAGAACAGCGACCCAAGCAUUUGGAGGCAGCGUUCCUAAACGGAGAAGUUCAUCUAGGUCAAUAAAGAGAAAGAAGUUCGAUGAUGAGCUUGUGGAGAGUAGUCUCGUGAAGUCGUCCAGCAGAGUAAAAGGCCCUCCUGUCAUCGAGCCGAUUCGAUGUUUGAGCAGUGAACCUUCAUCUGUUGAGAAGAAAAAGGUAACUAAAUCAAGCACAGCUCUCACUCCCCGUCUGACAAUGCUAAUAAAUCCCACACCAAUGGCCAAAAGAGUGAAGAAAAGCAAGCAACCUCUGCAUAUUACUAAAGACUUGGGGCGAUGGAAACCUACAGAUGAUCUGCUGCUAAUAAAUGCUGUGCUACAGACUACUGAUCUGACUGCCGUUCAUCUCGGGGUAAAGUUCAGCUGUCGCUUCAGUUUGCGGGAAAUUAAAGAGAGGUGGUACGCUUUGCUGUACGAUCCCGUCAUCUCAAAGCUGGCUUGGCAGGCUAUGCGGCAGCUUCAUCCUGAGGCAAUUGCAGCGAUCCAAAGCAAAGCUCUUUUCAGUCAGACAGAACAGGGGCUGCUUACCAAAAUUGGUUCAACCAGUCAGCCCAAACUGGACAUUUUCCAGGAACUUCUGAGCAAACACCCCAGUGUCUUUCACCCAUCACGUACACCCAAGAGCCUGAUGGUUCACUGGCAGCUGCUUAAGCAGUACUACCUUCUCGACGACCAGAGUGUACAGCCCCUCCCUAAAGGUGACCAAGUCCUCAACUUUUCUGAUGCUGAGCAGAUGGUCGAUGAAGCAAAGUUAAAGGAAAGUAGAGACGAAGUGUUGGAACAUGAGCUGAUGAUUUCUGAUCGCCAUCAGAAAAAAGAGAUCCGACAGUUGGAGCAAGAGUUGCCUCGAUGGCAGGUUCUUGUGGACAGUAUCACAGGCAUGAGCAUGCCUGACUUUGACAAUCAGACUCUGGCAGCUUUACGAGGAAGAAUGGUCCGCUACCUCAUGCGAUCAAGAGAGAUUACUUUGGGGAGAGCAACAAAGGACAAACAGAUAGAUGUAGAUCUGUCUCUGGAGGGGCCUGCCUGGAAAAUAUCAAGGAAACAAGGAAUAAUUAAGCUGAAGAACAACGGUGACUUCUUCAUCGCCAACGAAGGCAGGCGGCCCAUCUACAUCGACGGCAGACCGGUCCUGUCGGGAAACAAGUGGAAACUAAACAACAACUCUGUGGUGGAGAUUGCGGGUCUUCGUUUUGUGUUUCUAAUAAACCUGGAGCUCAUCUCUCUGAUCAAAGCUGAAGCUGCUAAGAUGACGCAGCAGUGAGUGUCGGCGGAGAAACCGUUCUGUUGUUGGUGUGCGUGUGAGUGUGUGUAUGUGUGUAGCUGUGGUAAUGGGCACUACUGAAGCUCAGCCGGACAGAACUGGACUGAUGUUCACCCCCACAUGUGAAUCUCAAACAGACCACAGCUAAAAUCCUGGAGCAAAACGGUAACAGCUUUAGUGUGGUGUAAGAAUAUUUUGUUUCCUAAUAUAGACACUCUUAUUGUAGAGCCUUGUUGGUUUUCAGAACGUUGUAUUUAAAUUCUCACAUCAAGCCUUUUUCAUGUAAUAAACUUGUAUACUCAAAA